AUGUCAGCCCAUGCCGCUGGUUCUUCCCGUGAGGCCGCCAAGACUCCGAAGCGGAAGACAGCCGAGGAGACCCGGUCCCAAUCCAGCCACUUGGCCAUGAUCCGGAGCUUGAUGGAUGAGUUACGACAGAAGUUUCGGUCGUUGGAGGUGGCCAUUCUGAGGUUCAUACUGUCGCGCUACAGUCUUGAGGACAUUGUGGCUAUGAUUAGCUCUCUGCUACGCUUUCCACCUGGAGAGGCUGUCAUGGAACCUGAGCUGAAGCAGGUCGAAGGAAACGAGGCAUCUGGAAGCUACGGGCUUGGUGAAAAGAUGUCUACACUUGUUGCUAAAAAGCAUGUCGUCGGGAAACUGGCCAGCAGAAAACACAACUCUACCAAAGCAGCGGCGAAGAAGCCUAAAGCAGAAAAGAAGGUCAGGAAUUUGAAAGAGGUCAAAGCUCCCAAAUCUGAGACUACCGAGAAGUUCAAGAGCAAAGCUACCAAGUCGAGAGCCAGGAAGCCAAGGGGGCUAUUUUCUGGUCCAUGGUUUCUUGUCUUUCAGGAACUUUCACUGUCUCACGAUCUAACUGAAUAG